CCUCUCACCUCGGGAGGAGCAGUUCCCGCGGUAGGGAGAACUGGGUUUUGCACUUGGCACCGCUGGGACCUGGGCAUCCCCGGACUCCGAGUCCUUUGAAGCGGUCUUGUUCGAGACUACAUUUCCCAGAAGGCCGCGCGGAGAUUGAAAGCUGCACCAGCCUAUGGGCGGACAAGGCUUCUGGUCGCCGAAACUGAGCAGCCAAUGGCAAUGAAACAGGGGCGGUAUCUUCCGGCUGCGAGCGGUCGAGCGCAGAGUCCCACCUGUGUCCCCACAGCCCUGUCACGAAUCCCGGUCGGGUUCGAGAAGGGACCGCCUCGGCUUUGUGGGCCGGGAGCGGCUCGGCGGUGGAGGACUCUCACUUUCUGCUCCAUCCCGGAGCCGGGCCGUCCCGCUGUCUCCUGCAAGUGGGCCCUGCAGUUGUGUCUCCUCAUGGAUGCCGAAAUAAAAUGAACUGAUGACUCUCCAUGAUGUGGCUGGGGACUUCAGGGAAGAAUGGGUUACCUGGACCCUGCUUAGAGAAUGCUCUUCAGGGAUACCACCCAGCACAGUUACAAGAAUGGGCUCUCCCAGGGAUUUCCAGACCAAGUGUGAUUUCCCAGCUGGAGCAGAAAGAAGAACCGUGGACGCUACCGCUCCAAAAUUUCGAGGCAAGAAAGAUCCUACGGGAAAGUCACACAGACUUUGAGAAUCAGGUGACCAAAGUCAGUCGGGACAUUUCAGAAGCAGCAGAACGGUGUGGAACAUCCUCAGAAAGGGCCAAUAAGGAUAUUUCUCCUCCUCCUAGCUGGGGAGGAAACUGGGAGAGGGACCUUGAGUUAGAAGGGGAACACGGGGCCCUCCCAGGAGAGGGCCAGCCGGAGCCCUUUCCGCAAGAGAAGGAUUUAAACGAGCUCCUGGAUGGAUACGCAGGAAAGAAGCCCGUGUGUGCAGAGUGCGGGAAAAGCUUUAACCAGAGCUCCUAUCUCAUAAGACACCUACGAACCCACACUGGCGAGAGGCCUUAUAAGUGCAUCGAAUGUGGAAAAGGCUUCAAGCAGAGUUCAGACCUUGUCACCCAUCGCAGAACGCACACGGGAGAGAAACCCUACCAAUGCAGCGGCUGUGAGAAAAAAUUCAGUGACAGCUCUACACUCAUCAAACAUCAGAGAACCCACACAGGCGAGAGACCCUAUGAGUGCCCCGAGUGUGGGAAGACCUUUGGGCGGAAGCCACACCUCGUCAUGCACCAAAGAACCCACACGGGAGAGAAGCCCUACACGUGUCUCAAAUGCCAUAAAAGCUUUAGCCGAAGCUCAAACUUCAUCACCCAUCAGAGGACCCACACGGGCGUGAAGCCUUACAGGUGCAGCGACUGUGGGGAGAGUUUUAGCCAGAGCUCAGACCUGGUGAAGCACCAGCGAACUCACACCGGAGAGCGGCCCUUCAAAUGCGCUGAGUGCGGAAAGGACUUCCGAGAUAGUUCUCACUUUGUAGCGCACAUGAGCACCCACUCGGGGGAAAGGCCUUUCAGCUGUCCUCACUGCCGCAAAAGCUUCAGUCAGAGCUCACACCUGGUCACGCACCAGAGGACACACACAGGUGAGAGGCCGUUCCAGUGUGACAACUGCGGGAAGGGAUUCGCCGACGGCUCUGCCCUCAUAAAGCACCAAAGGAUCCACACGGGGGAAAGACCCUAUAAAUGUGGCGAGUGUGGGAAGAGCUUCAACCAGAGCUCCCACUUCAUUACCCAUCAACGAAUCCACGCAGGAGACAGGCCCUAUCGCUGUCCCGAGUGCGGCAAAACCUUCAGUCAGCGUUCCCAUUUCCUCACACACCAGAGAACCCACACGGGGGAAAAACCUUUCCACUGCAGUAGGUGUGACAAGAGCUUCCGCCAAAAAGCACAUCUCUUAUGCCAUCAAAACACCCAUUUGAUCUAGGAAAUGGUCUGCUGCCCCUUCCAGAUUUUCAUUUCUCUUGUCUCCAAGUGCUCCAUGUAGAGAAAGCCUGAACCUGGGCAUCAGAGGCUCAGGUUGGGCCCCGGUCUGUCCUCUGUCUUCUUCCCUGCUUUAAUGGCGGAGAUAAACUCAUAGGCACCAAAUAAUAUCCUGAACACAAAAGGCAUUCCUUCAGUGUUUUUGACCGACCUUAGGGGUGAGUUUGACGGUUGAUGCUUGGUAAGUAAAAGAGAAGUGAGAUAAAUGUGGCCACAUUAUCACUGUUAGUGAAUAAUAUUUGAGAUCUUAUCAUAAGCCCUUAAUACCGUAUAAUGGCUGGCCCUUAAAAGGCGCUCAGUACGAAGUUGGUUGCGUUUAACUAGUCUUAUAACUUGAUAAGGAAUCCGUUAGUGCAGCCCCGCAAGCCCAGAACUUGCCAGAAAUGAGAUUGCCACUAGAAGAUUUGGGGUGUGAACACAGAAAACAGAAAACACUCUCCCAAUCCAGGGCUGUGCAGACAUUAGUCACCAGAUGUCUCAUUGCCAUGACGAGGCAGAAUUCUCGAAGAGGAUGUUUGUGGUCCUGUGAUUUAGAGGCUGAAAGAAUUUCAGAAGCUCUUUGUACAGCCGUGUAUGAGGUACUCCCACUGGAGGUCUGCUGUCAUCUGAGGCACAAAUAUCCAAGCCCAAGGGACCUGGAAGGGGACUAUAAAACUAUGGAAGCAACAUUGCUGUUAAAUAUUACAGGGAUCCUUCCUUCCUGGCAUUUAGCUGAAGGAAACAACUCCUGUCUUUGAAUCGCCUGGGUCAUUGGCCCGUGAGUUUUAAGUUACUGUGACUCCCUAAUUUUUUUUUAAGAGUCAUUCAUUUGAGGCACCAGUACAUUUCUGUAUUUAACUGAAAUAAAUUGAGGGAAGGCAGUGUGUUGGAAAGAACACUGACUUCCUUGAGAAGGUGAGGUGUUUGAGACCCGGCCCUGACAUUUAAUUUGGCCAGACUUUACCUUCUCUCAGCCUCUACCUUACCUACCUCACAAGAUUGUUGUGAGGCUCUAAUGCGCACACAUGCACACACACACAAGCACUUUGUUGUUAAAUUAUAAAGUAAUGAUAUCUCUAAAGUGCAGUGUUGCAAAUGUCUUCCCUCCAAGGAACUCUGGCUAAUAUUUCCCAGGCGUCCCAUUUUCUCUCAUAAUAACAGACUUCUUUCUCUACCUGUUGAAAACCUAAGGCCCGAAAAUGCUAAGCAACUCCUCGUGGGUCACCUAGGCGACACAGAGCCAGGAUUUGGCUGCGAGUCUCUAACAACAUAAAACAGACCAGCUCUGACAUUUGUUAGAGUGUCUCUGAGACAUUACGUGUAGGACUGGCCGCCCCAUGUUAUCUGUACCAAACCGUUCUGAAUUUGGAAACGAUGGAAGGAUGUAGCCUAAGUUCCAGGGAGCUUUACAGGACCCUGGGCUGGAGGUCCUUGAUCGUCAUGGAGUGAGAGUGGAAAGGCAAGGACAGGCACACGUGGCUUGGGGGGGGGGGGAGUUCACACUCUAAGGGAAAAGCGGUGAGCCAAAGGUAGUCUUCUGAGGCAAACACAGCCACAGUACUGGAAAAAAAAAUUAACAGUAAUUCACAGUAUCAUCAAAUAUUUCAGUCAACGUUCACAUGUCCCUAACUAUCUUAUGUUGUUUUGCAUUUUUUAUUGUUUUGUUGUUGUUGCUGCUGUUGUUUGUUUGAAUCAAAAUCCAAAUAAGGUCUCCAUAGCGA